AAUGGGCAGAUUAAUCACUGGCAGCAAAAAUCCUACAGUGCUGUACGUUAGUGGUGGAAAUACUCAGGUAAUUGCUUAUUCAGAUAGAAGGUACAGAAUAUUUGGAGAAACUAUUGAUAUUGCAGUUGGGAAUUGUUUGGAUAGAUUUGCAAGAAUAUUAAAAAUUUCUAAUGAUCCAAGUCCUGGUUAUAAUAUUGAACAACUUGCAAAGAAAGGAUCAAAAUACAUUGCUUUACCAUACACUGUAAAAGGAAUGGAUAUAUCUUUCUCAGGAAUUUUAUCACACAUAGAAGAGAUUGCAAAAAAGCAGUUGAAAAGUGGUGAAUGUAACCCUGCAGAUCUAUGUUAUUCACUUCAAGAAACCAUAUUUGCAAUGCUUGUCGAAAUAACAGAGAGAGCCAUGGCUCACUGUGAAUCACAAGAAGUUUUGAUAGUCGGUGGUGUGGGAUGUAACUUAAGAUUACAGGAAAUGAUGGGGGUUAUGGCUGAGGAAAGAGGAGCUAAAUUGUUUGCUACAGACAUGAGGUUUUGCAUUGAUAAUGGAGCUAUGAUCGCCCAAGCUGGGUGGGAAAUGUUUCGAUCUGAUCCAAAGCGACACAUCACACCAAUAGAAAAGUCAACAUGCACUCAAAGGUUUAGAACAGACGAAGUAGAAGUCACUUGGAGAGAUGACUGAUAUUGGAAACUGUAGAAGAUGUGUUAGCCCUGUAAUGGCAGAAUGGAGCUGCAUGGUCGGGAGGUCUUGUCGCAGCAGGAUGGGCCCUAUGGAUGUUGGGCAAGACACACUGAGAUUGGAUAGAACUGAAGGGCUAUUCUGAAUUACAUGAAAAAACGUCAACUUAUUUGAAGGCUGGAACAAUGGCAAAAUAGCAUGUUAUUCAUUUACAAUGGGUUCGGUAACCUUUUGUCGUUCACGGGCCACACAUAUUUUUUUUAGAAGUAAAAAAUUGAAUGGAUGGUCGAUUAAUCAAAAUUUUUUAACACUAAUCAAAGGUUGAAAUUUUUUCUUACAAUUACAAUUCUUACAAAUUACAUUUAAUGUGAUAUUUUUUAUUGCAUCACGUGACUCACUGAAUAAAGCUAAGAUUGGAACAUUUCCGAAAUUUUGUCAAGAAAAGCUCAGCAUUUUUUUGGCUACACUUUUAUGUAAUAUAGAUAGUCUGUGCCACCCUUUUUCAUCAUUACUGCUUGAUUUAAAAGUUGUACAGCCCACGUUGGUUAUAGUCACUUGCUAACCUACUGUUAUAAAUUGAUUUUGAAAGAAAUAUGAGCGAUUAGGGAAGGUAACAAGAGAGAAGUGCACAAAAGGAACUAUUGCUUGGGUGAUUGGGAUGCCAUUCCCGGAAAUUUUCCGUGUCUUGCAACUGCAUUACUCUACAAUUCUACAUAUGCUUGUGAAUUUCUGUUCUCAGUUAUGAACUCCAUUAAGUCUUGUAAUAGGAGUAACCUGUAGAUGAGACCAGUACCGGUAGUCCGUGUAUUCAUUUAAAAGUUUGAAAAUGUAAACCCAAUAUAAAAUACCUAUCAACCGUAAUGCAGCAGCAAAGGUCUCACUGAUAUAGAAUAAAAAAAGUAAUCAAGUCUGUUUGUCUGACUGAUAUUUUCCCGAACUGUCUGUACAUGUUUAAAAGGUUUAUUAUUGUGUAUGUUUGCUUUGAAAGUAGCAAAGGUAAGUUUUUAAUUUUGGUCGGCACACGGAAGAAUUUUGUCAUUAAAUUCAUCUGAUUUAGGCACGCGAGCCGAAAAAGGUUGCCCACCCCCGUCCUAGUUCCUUCUAAUGAGUAUUUUCGAAAUAUGUACUUUUAAACAUUGAUAUGAACUUUUGUGCAUGGUUUAUCAAAUUUGGAUAAAGUUUUCCUUCAA